AUGACAUUACUAAAACUAGCCACAUAUUUCCUUUUGCUCAUUUAUCCAUUAAGAAAAGUUUCUGCCAAUGAACCGACUAGCGCCUCGAAUUUUGUAAUAGCUGCAAGUCAAGCUAAUACUGCUGAAUUUAUUCAAAAAUCUCCUAUUUGGCUAUCCAGUGUGAAAGGACCCAAAAAUAGUAAUCAAGUAGUUAAAUCAUUUCCUCUCGAUUCCGACAUUAAAGCUGGUCCCUUAUCUGUUAAUCAAAAUAUUUUGAAUGUCAAUUUAUAUCCUGAGGUGAAUAAACAGCCUUCACCUAAUCAUCCUGAGAUAGAGGACGUAAUAAAGCAAUUAGAUUUUACAAAAAUUCCAAAUAUUGAGCCGCGCAAAGUAAAAGAUUGGGUAGUAGACAUAAAAGGUUAUGACCUCUCUAAAGAUCCUGAUUGUUGGUGGUCAUCUUCACUUUGUAAAAAGCCUAAACUUAGCUAUCUUCCUGAUGAUAUCUAUGUCUGUCCUCAGAAAGGCGAUUGGGGGCUCAAUUACGAUGAUGGGCCCUAUCGUCUCCCUUGGCCUAGAUCUGAACAAGAUAAAAUAUAUGAUCAACCAAGAUUUUACAACUUUUUAGUUAAAAAUAGGAAACAAAAGGCUACAUUGUUUUUUGUGGGAUCAAAUGUAAUUAAAUUCCCUGAAGCAGCGCAAAGGGCUUUAAAUGAUGGGCAUACAAUUUGUAUCCAUACCUGGUCCCAUCCUCAAAUGACAACUCUUACAAAUCAGGAAAUUGUUGCCCAAUUAUAUUGGACGCAAAAGGCGAUUAAAGAAACUUUAGGCAUUACUCCCAAGUGCUGGCGGCCUCCUUAUGGCGAUGUAGAUGACCGUGUACGUGCUAUUGCAUGGCAAAUGGGAAUGAGGACCUUCCUUUGGGAUCAGGAUUCAAACGACUGGAGUUUAGCCAAUAAUAAUGAUAUAAGCCAUCUUAAGACCGAAGCAAUUGAUAGAUACUUUGAUCAAUGGAUACAAGAUCGUAUAGCCGGGAAUGAUACUGACCAUGGACAUGUUACCUUGCAACACGAGAACAGUAAAGCCACAAUUUUGAUGUCAGAAAAAUGGUUACCAAAGAUUCAAGCUCACUUUAGAGUCAUGCCAAUCCACCAAUGUAUCAAUGAUCCUCAUCCAUACUGGGAAGAAUUCUGGAUUUAUCCUACACUUGAUAAUCCUAACCCUUCAAAUUCCAAAGGACUUGCUACUGGCAAUAGUAUUUCAAGUGAGGAUAUCAGUAAUUAUGUAGAUGGAAAACAGCUGAGUAAUUCCGCAGCUAACAUUGAAUAUUAUAUAAGCGAUCGUCAUUAUACAAUAUUUGCUCUGAAGACUCUCUUUUUGAUGGCCAUAAUUACUCUUCAUUUAUAUAUAUAA